AUGCCAAUGGAGACUCGUGUUGCCGCGUCAAAACUGCCAGAGUGGCUCUCGGGCUACGCCGCGCGGAUCUAUGAUUGGCAGGAACGCCACACGGGGGGCCGCAGGACCUUCACGCGGCGCCUCGGCAUAGUUGAAGGACUCUUCGAUACGGACGGGGUCGAAUUCGAAGGUCGAGCUGACCUCUGCACUGAACUCCAUAUAGAGAUUCGCACCACUCUUGAUGAGCAAGCGACACGCGAGCACAUCGCCAAUGCCUGGUCCGUCCUGAGGCAGGAGCAUCCGCUGCUGUCAGCCACGGCUAUAUCACUCGCUCACGACGACCCUCUAUCAGGUGGGGAACAUGAAAGAGCGUUCGUGUUUGAGCAGGCCGCAACCGAAGCCGAGCUACGCCAAUGGGGACAGCAACACCUCGAUUUUGUGGCAGACCAUUACUCCCACGUUCAGGCUGAGGACUUCUACGACCAUCUGAUGAAUUCAUCGAGAGUUGUCGAUGCUACGAAAGCCCUGUCACGAGUAUUUGUCCUGCCGUACAAUCACAGCUCCGGGUCCAGCUUUCCCGUUACUCUGAUGUUCGUGUUAGCCCAUCAAAUUACCGAUGGUCUCACCACAUUCCGUUGGAUGUCCGCCUUCAUUGAUCUGCUGAACCUAAGCCACACCGAAUUGAAGUCCCGGAUGGCUUCUCUAUGCACGACUCCAGCCAUGGCACGCCUACCACCUCCCCAAGAGGCACUCUACCACCCCAUCAAGGGAUCUGUCGCCCGUCAACGCUGGUUCUGGGCGAUAACCCGCGUUCUUCGCCAUGUAAAACACACGAACCCAGCCGCUUUCCAGAACCCGCUCCGCCGUCCUAGCCCCGCUCUCCCAACUUCAUCUUAUCCUCCCAAGUACGACAAGCUUCUCGACUACUCCCGAGUGCCGCCUCUCAGACAUCACGCGAUCCGGCCCGUCAUAGGACCCAAAUCAACAGCUCGCCUCGCGGCCCUCUGCCGCCAAUCGCACAUCUCGUUCGGCGCCGGCCUCUUCACGCUCGUCGCCAUAGUGAUGAUGCAAUUCCACGAGUCCCUGUAUCCCGCCAUCCCCCUCUCCCAACGCCUCCCCUUCAUCGGCUCCUUCCCCAUCAACCCCCGCCCCUUCCUCGCCGGCACCCCCACAACCGGCCAAGAAGACAGCCUCAUGCUCGCCUUCAGCGAAGGCGUCGUCCUUCCCUUCCUCCCCCACACCCUCCCCUUCGAAGGCCGCUUCCGCCUCCUCGGCAAACAAGCCCACCGCCAACUCCGCCAAUACCAGAAACGCAAACGCACGGCGGCCGAAGAACUCAGCCUGGGCUCCAGCUCCCCCACCCAACUCCUCCCCGCCCUCUACCUCGCCACCCUGGAGCGCCUCUCCUUCCGCAGCCUCUCGCGCCCCAAACCGCGCCAUGACCCGCAAGGCGCCCUCCCCGCCGCCACUCCACCCUCCCUCGGCACCUGCGGCAUCAGCUCCGUCGGCGACCGCACGCCGCUCAUCUCGUCGGGGAAAUACGACGUCUCCACGACCCCGCCGUCCAACACUGGCAGGCACUUCUUGGCCGCCGACUUCCGCGACAUCCAGAGCGCGGUGCGCGCCCGCGACGGCGAGUUCUUGUGCGGCGUCGCCAGCGAUCGCUCGCAGCACACGUACCUCAUGAUCAGCGUGGACGGGAGCGCGAUCGACAUGGGGAGGGCGCGGGAGUUUAAGCGCGUCAUUGAGCGGAUCUUGGAGGUGGAGGGUUGUGAUGGUGGUGAUGGUGAAGGUAAACAGAGGAAGAGGGAUGCUGGGAAGCAAGGUGGGGAUGGGAGUGGGAGUGGGAGUAGGAGUACGGCGAGAGCCAAGAUCUGA